UAGAAAAAGAAAGUCUAAAUAGUUCAUACAGAUUCUUUUACUUCCGACUUCCUUCCAGACAAGCGUGAAUCGAAGAGGACGAUGAUGAUGAAGUUGCUCUUGCCGUUGGCUUUAGCCAUCGUUAUCUUCUCAUCCACUGUUGGUUGUCAAUCAAACAGCGACGGAGAAUGGCAGAUUCUGACAAAGCAAAACUUCUCCUCUCAGAUCCGACUACACCCCCACAUCCUCCUUCUGGUCACGGUUCCCUGGUGUGGUGAGUCUCGAUCCCUAAUGAUGGAAAUAGUUCAGUUGGCUACUGAAAGGGGAGAGGAGUUUCGGUCUCUCAAGUUAAUGGUUAUGUACAGAAAUUUAGAGAAGAUGCUGGCGAAUGCGAUUGGUGCUACAGAGGGAAUAACACUCUUAUACUAUCACCAUUCUGUAUCUUAUAAGUAUCAAGGAAAACUUCGAGCACAGAGUAUAUUGUUUUCUGUUUAUCCUUAUUUGUCAGUUUCGCCUGAAGAACUUCCUCUCAAACGCUUGAAUUCCCAAGAGGACUUGGAGACAUUCGUUGAAUCAACAGAUCGGGCUUUAAUUCUUCUGGAGCUUUGUGGAUGGACUCCUAGACUGCUGGCGAAGGUGAAGAAGAACGUGACUGAGUAUGAUUUUGGCAUGCAAGGGGAUCUUUCCAGUAGAAGCUUCAGUGGAGAGAGUGAUAGACUGACAGUGACAAGAGGGAAGGGUAAACUGAAGGAAGUGGAACAUGGAAAGCUGAUGUGUGGCACAGAAAAUGGCAUGGGUGGGAUUCCUUGGCUUAUGGAGUUCAGCUCAGUUAAUGACAGUGAUACAUUUUGGGACACUGAUGAUGUAAACUUUGGUCUUGCCUUGCCCUGUACUUUAGAAAAUUUUCAGCAGUUUGAUCAAUUCUUCUCCAAAUUCAUUGCCAUUGCUAGGGAGUUUUUGCUGCCUCCUGAGAGAAAUAGAUUUGGUCUGAUUACGGAAAGAUCGUUGCUCUCAUCUAUUGGUAUAGGUGAUUCUGGUUCAUGGUCAGUAAUGCUUCAUUCUGCUGGCUGCCCAACAUGUUCAAAGAUUGUCAAAGAGGCAGAUGAAGUUAAGGGUGCUCUACAGAUGGAUAAUUCAAUUGUGGCAGAACUAGAAGGUUAUGAUCAGGAUCUUGAUCCAGCUUUACCUGCAAAUAAGCCAUCAGUAAUCUUAUUUGUGGAUAGAUCAUCUGAAUCAUUAGAGAUUAGAAGAAAGAGUAUGGAAGUUCUUAAGUUCUUUAGAGAAGUAGCUGCAAGCUCUAAGAUACCUGAUCAGAGAGCACGGCACAAGAAUGACCAAUCUGAGAAAUCCCUGAAGCAAGCUUAUCAAGUUUUAACUAGUCCAUCUGAGCAUCCUAGAUUGAACCUAUCUCCUGAAGCUCGGAUGAUUAAAUUAAAGGAUGAGAUGUCUAUCAUGGUCAUUAAUGAGGGUAAACAUGUGACUUUAGAUAUUGCUUCAGAUUUACAAGGUAGUUCUUUGCACGAGAUAUUAAAAAAUCUUCUUCAAAGAAAGAAGGAAACAAAAUUAAGCUUGCUUGCCAAGGAGGUCGGUUUCCGUCUUUUAUCAGAUGAUAUUGACAUCAAAAUAUCAGAUACAUUGCCAUUAUCGACAGAAGUUCGACCUAAUCAAGUCUCGCAGUUCCCUUCUGAAGAAGCCCGUGCAACAAAAACUGUUGAUCUAGAUGCUGAAUAUUUACCAGAGAAGGAGAGUAGAUCUGAAGAUGUGAAGAAAGAAGCUGAUGCAAGUGAACAGUUAAUAUCUAUAGAAGCUGAUCAGCUUGAUGGUGCUAUCACUGAAAAUGUGAAGAAAGAAGGAAAUAGUUCUUCACAUGUAGAGUCAGAAGAAGAAAGACAUCAUAACUUUGAGGGUUCCUUUUUCUUUUCUGAUGGUAACUACCGGUUACUUAAAGCUCUAACUGGUCAAUCAGUGACACCAUCAUUGGUUAUAAUUGAUCCCACUACAGAGCAGCAUUAUGUCUGCCCCAAAGAGAUGAUGUUGAGCAGUUCUUCAUUGGCUGGCUUCCUUCAUGCAUAUCUUAAUGGAAGCCUUUUUCCAUAUCGACGCUCGGAGACCAUUGUUCAAAGUUCUAGAGAGGCUAUACCUCCUCCAUUUGUUAAUACGGAUUUUCAUGAGGUGAAUUCCAUUCCUCAGGUUACAACUAGUUCUUUCUCUAAGCUGGCUCUCGGUUUUAAUCAAUCCAACUCUGAAAAUGCGUCCCAUGCUUGGAAUGAGGAUGUUUUGGUUCUUUUCAGCACUAGUUGGUGUGGGUUCUGUCAGAGGAUGGAACUAGUUGUUCGUGAAGUCUAUCGGGCCAUAAAAGGAUAUAUGAAAAUGUUGAAGAAUGAAUCUACAAACAGCAACACGGUUGGCAAUGCUGAUAACUUGACGAACGUUAAUGCAAAAUUUCCAUCAAUCUACUUACUGGAUUGCACACUGAAUGAUUGCAGCUUGAUCUUGAAAUCAGUUAAGCAGAGGGAAGUUUAUCCUGCUCUGAUGUUAUUUCCUGCUGAGAAAAAAGAAGCUGUCGUUUAUGAAGGAGAUAUAUCCGUAGCUGGUAUAAUCAAUUUUUUAGCUCAUCAUGGAAGCAACUCUCGCAAGCUCUUAACUGAGAAGGGUAAGGGUCUUUUCUCCUUCUGAAUGUUCAAAUUGGAACAUCUAAUGGUGCAGAACUAAUGCAUGUUUUAAUGUAUUACUAAUUGAAGGAUACUGGAGCUCCUCUCUAAUACACACUUCAUUUCUUUACUCUUGCCUCCGUUAUGUUAUCUUGCAUAUGCAUGUAUAAUCAAGGAUUUGAUUAGGGGUAGUUCAAUGGUCGGUUUUUGGAUUAUUUAAUGCUGAUUCCAUUAUCUCUAAUGUGGGUUGUGUGAAAAGAGAGAAAUUUAAGAGUUUUGGGGGGAUAGAAAAUGAUUUUAACAGCAUCAAGGAUAGAUGGUUUCAUCUUUUUGGUUCUUUAUUCUUGGAACAUGAUAUUCAGGAUCUUGAGGAUUUGUGGAUGGUUUUAGAUCAUUUGAUUGAGCUGUAACUGUUGUAUAUUGAGUGGUACUCCCUUGGAAGUGAUAUCUCUUUUUAUUUCAAAAAUAAAAAAUAAAAAAAAUAAUUCAAAAACCGAACAUAACCGAACCGAACCCACCGGAUUUACAUGUUUAAGCGAAAUCAAACUGACCAAAUUAUCUCAGUCAGUUCGGUUCAUAACCGAUUAAUUGAAACUGUAUUUACCUAUUCAACGUGGUGCUUUUUAUCAUGGUUUUUUCCCAAUUUCACGAAUUAUCUUGGACUGUGAGAGUUGACUUGAAACUUGAGAGAGAUCAGAUGAGAUGAGAGCUUUCGGUUCGAGUUGUGGAGAGAGAGCCAGAGAGAGCUUUUCAUUCGACUGAGAGCCUCAAAGCUGAGAGGUAGUGAGGGUGCUGUCGUGCCCCAUGGUGGUGAGGAAUGUGGGGAUUGGGGAGAGCCGAGAAGGAGAGGACAUGAGACCUUCUGCAUUCUGGUUUGACUAAGAGGCGAGAGCCGAGAGAGUGAGGGUAGGGGCCUUCUGUGCCAGCUGGUGAAGAAUGAGGAGUGUGUCAGUGUGUGUAGAGACUCGACUACUCGAGUGAGGGACCUGAGGGUGACUGAAUUGGGUUGGGGGGUAAUGGGAAAAUGGGAAUUAGGGAUUUUUGUAUGAUAUAUAUAUAUAUUACAUAAUUAUUAUUUAGGUAUAAGAAAAUAUAUUUUAAUUGGUUAUUCAGUUGGUUCAGUUUGCCGGAAAACUAACCAAUUUUCGACCUCACCAAAUUGGUUUAGCCGAACUGACGGACAUAACCGGUUUAGUCGAAGCAGUCUGUCCUAACUGGUUCAUUUUGAAUCAGGUUUUUCGACCCGAUUCAAUUCUGCACACCUCUACAUUUUGUUCUCUUUGAAGAAAGAAUUAUUUUGAGCUUGUAACUAGAACUUGCAUCCAAUUGGCUGUUUUCAGAUGGAUAUUCCAAAAGUCGAAGGAAAGAUCAGUUUCAUGCCUCAUGAAUUGGAGAUAUCCAGUUCCUAUGUUUACCUGAAAAAGAUUCAUAUCAGUUUUCAACUACAUCUUCAUAGUUUUUCUUCCAAAAAAAAAAAAAUCCAUCAAACUAUGUUUCGAACAAAUCUAGAAAUAUUGUGGCAUUUAUUUGUAAAUCUAGACUUGAUUCAUCUAGGAGAUGACGUAAAUUACAUUAGGAUAACAAAAAGGUUUGACCUCAUAAGAAAUUCCAUGUAUAAUAUGGAAUGAUAUUCUAAGUUCAUAUAGAAUUCCAGAAGAUGUGAAUUUUUAUUAUUUAGGAAAAGUCUUUCCCUAUCUUCA